GAUAGUAUUAAAUUCACGUCGAAAAAAUUAUAAAACUCAUCUACAAACAUCUGGAGAUGACGCAAAUAGUUAUACGACAGACAGCGACGUGCCUGUACGAGGGAUCCACAAGUAAUUCUAUACAAAACUCAGCAGGGUCAGUAAAUUCGUCGAUACGAUACUGGAGAUUCGAGUGAUUCAAAAGUAAAGUAGAAGAAGUACGGCGGGGUAGAGUAAUCAGUUGGCAUAUACGUCAAAAUGGCAGAGCUGAUCGCGAUACCUCUUAAAAAACCGUCCGAUGUGGACGUUAUUAAACCGCUUACCAAUGUUAUUAAAUCGACAUAUAAUUCUGCUGAAAAUCAGAAAGAUUAUACAGAGGCCAUAAACGAAUUUAGUAAGCUGCGAAACAAUGCUUUGUGGCGUGCCUUUGAAAAGUAUGAAAGCUCCCUGGAGGUUAUUUACAGCUACUAUGAUCAGAUUUGUGCCCUGGAAGGUAAAAUACCUACACAUGAACUUCAGAUCCCUUUCAAAUGGAAGGAUGCUUUUGAUCGUACGAUUUUUGGAGGAAAGCUGAGUUUAACAAUAAGUACAUUAGCUUAUGAAAAAGUAUGUGUACUAUUUAAUAUUGCUGCUUUACAAAGUUCAGUAGCUGCAACACAGUCGCUUGAUAGCGACGAAGGCUUAAAGUUGGCUGCUAAAUUGUUCCAGCAAUCAGCUGGGAUCUUUAAUUACUUAAAAGGCAAUGUCAUGUUAGCUAUUCAACAAGAACCCACACCUGACAUGAGUCCAGAAACCCUUGGUGCACUAUCCUCAUUGAUGUUAGCACAAGCGCAAGAAGUUUUUGUUUAUAAAGCAAUUCAUGAUAAUAUGAAAGACAGUAUCGUUGCUAGACUUGCAGCUCAGGCUGAGGAAUUAUAUGCUGAUGCCCUCAAAUUGUUCCAAAAAGAAAUCUUCCGAGCAUUCUGGGACAAGGAAUGGGUACCUUUGAUAGCUGGAAAGCAAGCUGGUUACCGCGCAAUGGCAGAAUUUUAUCAAGCUUUAGUUUGCAAAGCUAAUAAAACAAUUGGAGAGGAAAUUGCUAGACUGGAGCGUGCAGUAGAACUCUUCAAGUCAGCACAGCAAAGAUCCAACAAACCUACAUUAUUCCAAGAUUUUGCCCAUAAAGCUCAGAGAAACUUAACUGAGGUAAAGAAAGAUAAUGAUUUCAUUUAUCAUGAGAGAAUUCCGGACAUUAAAACAUUGGAGCCUAUUGGAAAGGCCAGCGUAGCAAAACUGCUCCCAUUGCCAGAAUAUUUCAGUGCAAACUUUAAAGAUGCUUUCGAAGAACUAUUGCCAGUCAGUGUCCAUCAUGCAAUAUCCUCUUACGAAGUUCGCAAGAAUGAACUCGUAAACGCUGAAAUAACAAGACUGCGUGACUCUACGCAAGUGCUCAACAGCGUCCUGGCAAGUCUGAAUUUACCCGCUGCUAUUGAAGAUACAAGUGGAACUGAACUUCCUCAAUCGUUACUGGAGAAAGCUGCUUCCGUGAGAGUAGCUGGCGGUAUAAAGGCUUUGGAAACAGCAAUGAAUGAUCUGCCAGAUUUACUUCAGCGCAACAAAGACAUACUCGACGAAUCCGAAAGGAUGCUACAAGAAGAACGUGAAUCAGAUGAUCAAUUGCGUGAGCAAUUUAAAGAACGUUGGACGAGAAUACCCAGUUCUCGUUUAACUGAACAAUUUACUAUGAAUGCUCAAAAGUAUCGUGAAAUUAUAAAUAAUGCUGUCACUGCUGAUAAGGUCGUACGUGAAAAAUUCGAAUCCCAUCGUGAAGGAAUGGAAAUUCUCAGUCAAGACGAAGAUAAACUAGCCAGUGCUGUGCCUAUUGGAUCUGGUGUACAAGAAAGUCGCGUAGUCUUUGAACUAAGAAGAUUAAUGGAAGAGGUGGAAACUAUUAAAGCUGAGAGAGAUGUAAUCGAGAGUGAAUUGAAAUCUGCUACUACUGACAUGAAAACAUCUUUCCUCUCAGCUUUGGCCAAAGAUGGAACAAUUGAUGAGCCUAAUUUAUCCGUCGAAAGUAUUGGCAAGUGUUAUGGACCAUUGCAGAAACAAGUGCGAGAAAGUUUAGCUCGUCAGGAAGAAUUGAUUUCUAAUAUUCAGGCACGACACGCUGAAUUCACAAGUGAACAAUCUGGCAGUGGCAGCUCGCGCGAAACUGUUCUCUGUAAACUGGCCGCCGCUUAUGAUGCUUUUAAAGAAUUAAAGGCUAACUUGCAGGAGGGAGCCAAGUUCUAUAAUGAUCUAACUCAAUUGCUGGUCGUUUUCCAAAACAAAAUAGCCGAUUUUUGCUUCGCACGAAAGACUGAGAAAGAAGAAUUAAUGAAAGAUCUAACGACUAAUCUGAGUCAUGCUGGACCUGCUGCUACGCCAACAAUACCAUCUCAUCAUGGAGGAUAUCAGCCUCAGUCUAGCAAUGAAGGUGGUUCACAAUUACCUUAUCCGACUCAGCAUCAGGGUAGCAUGCCUGUUCCCUAUGGUGCAACUCCUGCUGCUCCAUAUCCAACUUAUGUGCCUCCUCCAAUGCCUACGACUUACAAUCCAUACGCUACAAUGCCAUAUCCACCUCAAGGUGGUUAUAAUUAUCCAUAUCCGCAGCAACAGCCACAGGGCCCAUAUACUGGUUACGCAACGUUUCCUCGUUAUGGAGGUACCAAUCCUCCCCAUGGACAAAACCCAUGGUGAGACGGUGAGCGAUAAAAGUGAAAUUCUAAUUCAAAAUAAUCAAAAGAAAAUAUAUAAUGGUAAUUAUAAUCGCGAUUUCGCGUAAUAGCAUAAGCGCGAUUAUGAAAUAUUACGAUUUCAGGAAAAAAAAAAUGAUUGUGACCAUAAUUUUUCGCAUUUGUUACUAAACUGUCGUUCAUCGAUGUUUAAUGUUCGUAAUGAUCAUUAUUCAACGGUAUGUGAUCAUUGAGAAUUUUUAAGUUUUAUCAAGAAGAAUGCACUGCUCUACUUUUUUAAAAUCUAUCCUGUGGCCAAUGUUUUGUAAUCUAUAUCAAUAUGAAUAUUAAUUCUAAAAUUGACAUAUUACGUUGAUCAAAUCAGGAAUUUAUUUAAAUACAAUUAUCAAUAGUUAGAAUAUUGUUACCAUUUCAUUGCUGGCCAAUCGCAAUGAUACAAAUUUCAUUAAUAAUAAAAAUCGCACUGUCUGUCAUAAAAUUGUAUUAUCGUUCACAUUAUUAUGUUUCUGCAAGAAACAAAACUCAUCGAUCAAAUUCUUUAUGAGGCUUCACUAAAUAAAAAUGUAAUUGAUAAACUCAGAUGCAAAAUGAAAUAUCGAUACAGAAUAAUUUUAUUAUUAUUUAGGAAAUCUUGCUUCAGUAUGUAUAUUUAUUAUACAUAUUCUAUCUUAAUUUGGCCUUUGUCAACAUAUGUAUGGGUUAGGUAGUUAUUUUCUCAGAAAAUACUCUAGAAGAAUGUGGGUAGCGGUAGCGGAAGAACAAUGAAACUUAGAUUUUAACAGGCUUCUGAAAGGGUAUGUUAAAUAAAUUGUGAUUUGAGUCCGCCUUAGAAUAUCUUUAACAGAAAAAAAGAAACCAGAUACAAAUAGUAACGUCCGACCAUGAUGGUAAGACGAGACUUGCCUCAAUAAAGUGCUUAUUUUUGUUAUGAAAAUAAUAUAUAUAUAAACACAUUAUUGACUUUAGUAUGUCUGUUAUCUAAGCUUUCUUUUAAUUUUAAUUAACAACCCAAGUGAUGAUUACAGGAUAGAACUUUGAAUAUAAAUUUUAGUGAAGUUGUUGUUUAAAAUAAAUUAUUCAUGGUACUAUGGUGUAUCAGGUGCGAGGAUGUCUAAUUAUGUCACUGAUAUUUUCUAUAAGCACGGAUAAUUCCAUGUAUGAUAAGGGUUAGGCUUUAUAAUAAAGAACUACUGUAUUGCAA